CUUACAGCUAUGGGGCUCUCAGCUUCUAAGAGAGUUAGCAAUUCACUCCAAAAUUCAUCCGAAUUCAACUCGGCAUGUGAUUCAGUCUAUGAUGAUUGUCUCUCCCUAUCACAGCACGCUUUCGCCGGAGUGAAACCCUACCAGCUUUUCUCCGCCGUGGAACGCCUGCACGCUUCUCUCUCUCCCUCCGUACCUCUCAUAAAAAAUUGGGUUAAAUCGCCUCCGACCCGAUUACAGGUCGAUAAGGCCUUCAAAAUCGUGUCAACGCGCCGAUCCGGCGAAAAGGAGAGUGAAAUUGUGCUUGGGAACGAGGAAUUCAAGGAGUUCUCAGUGGAGGUAUUUUCGGACGCUGUCGUUUCGUGUGCAGGGAAAGAGCUUCUAAAGCGGGUUCCGGUUGGUGCUUUGGGGAUCGCUGGCGUUGGUGCGGUGGUGAAGCCUGGGAAAGAAUUAAUUGCGGCGGCGAUUGGUGCUUACGCGCUCGGUGUUGCAACAUCGGUAUACGUCAGCUUGGCUUAAACGUAUUUUUUUUGUUUUUUUUUAAAAUUACAAAAAUGAAUAAAAGUUUUUACAAGUUUGGUUAAGCCCAAAAGUACAAAUUAGUCAUGUUUUAAAUUAUUAUAACCCCUAAUAAGAGACUGAAAGCAAGUAGAAUAAUUGUAAUUAGAUGAUUAACAGUCUUUAUCCACAUUUAUAUAAUUUGUAUAAAUUAUUUUUUUUUAUAAAAAAAAACAGAUUUGCUAAA